GUCCUUCCAACAGCACCGCGCGGGGGUUGGCGGCGUCGGCCCCGUGUUUAGCGUUAGUUUGUUUAGUUGCGAUCGGCCUAGCCGCGUUUUUCCGAAGCUAACCGUGAAACACGGGGCAGGGCAGCGAAGCUAUGGGCGAAGUUCGCUCCGGUUUCACGUGCCACGGGGACACCGGCGAAUCGCUGCGCAAAGGAGUUGUGGGAUUCGUGUAAACAAACGAGAAAAGCGGGAUAAAGUGAUUUGUGUUAAAUGAAACACGCUUUUACUUCACGUACGUGAAGUCGUUAAAGCGAAGUAAAUAUUCGUCUGGGCGCAGCGAACCGCGCUAACACGCGAGGCGAAGUUCGGCGACGGCCAUAAAGCGCUGAAACGGAAGCGUACAGUUAACGAGCAGAGAUGCAGAGCCAAAAAAAAGUUGGUUCUUCCCUCUUGGCAGCCACCUGCAGGGCUUUCAUCACAGGAAUUCCCAGAAGUUGUGCUGCCUUUGAAGGGCAUUAGAUGGCAGCAUGUCAUUGAAUGACGUAUCGCGUAGCUUCGUUUGUCAUGUGUGUAUGUAGCCUCAAUGUAGCCACACUAUCAGAAGAUUAGUUUAAUGCUUUUUGAGUUUUACCCCAAAGAAAAGCCUGCAUAAGCUGAGAAUCCACGGAGGCGGGGGAUGGAAAGGCAACCGGUCUCUUUGUGGAUAAACCCACAUCAUCUGACUACUCGGAAGGCCCAAGAGUUGUAUUUUCUGAAAAUGCAAAGGGCUAAAGACAAAACGGAGAAGACAAAGAUGGAAAACAAGAAUCAGGGUCAGAGGAAGCUGAGGGUGUGUGUGGCGACAUGCAACCGAGCGGACUACUCCAAGCUGGCCCCCAUCAUGUCGGGCAUCAAAAAACAGCCCGAAGAGUUUGAACUGGAAGUUGUGGUGCUCGGCUCCCAUCUCAUAGAUGACUACGGAAACACUUUCCGUAUGAUCGAGCAGGAUGACUUCGACAUUGGCUCCAAGCUCCACACCAUUGUGAGGGGGGAGGACGAGGCGGCCAUGGUGGAGAGCGUCGGGCUGGCGCUCGUCAAGCUCCCCGAUGUCCUUCAGAGGCUCCGCCCCGACAUCCUGGUCGUCCACGGCGACCGCUUUGACGCGCUGGCCCUAGCCACGGCGGCGGCGCUGAUGAACAUUAGAAUACUUCAUCUGGAAGGCGGAGAGGUGAGUGGCACAAUCGAUGACUCAAUCCGCCACUCCAUCACCAAACUGGCCCAUUACCACGCCUGCUGCACGCGGAGGGCAGAGCAGCACCUCAUCGCCAUGUGUGAGGACCACUCUCGCAUCCUGCUGGCUGGCUGCCCCUCCUAUGACAAGCUGCUGUCAACAAAUAACAGAGACGAUUACAUGGAUAUCAUCAAGAGCUGGCUGGGGGACAAGGUGGAGGAUCGGGACUACAUCGUGGCUUUGCAGCACCCAGUCACCACCGAUAUCCAGCACUCCAUUAAGAUCUACGGGCUGAUGCUGGAUGCUCUGAUCUCCUUCAACAAAAAGACCCUCAUUCUCUUCCCCAACAUCGAUGCCGGAAGUAAGGACAUGGUGCGCGUGAUGCGAAAGAAGGGCAUCGAGCAGCACCACAACUUCCGGGCAGUGAAGCACAUUCCCUUUGAUCAGUUCAUCCAGCUGGUGCGCCACGCCGGCUGCAUGAUUGGGAACAGCAGCUGUGGGGUCCGAGAGGCGGGGGCCUUUGGCACGCCCGUCAUCAACCUGGGAACAAGGCAAACUGGCAGAGAAACGGGUGAAAAUGUGCUACAUGUCAGAGAUGCCGACACUCAGAACAAGGUGUACCACGCUCUGGAGCUGCAGUUUGGGAAGAGAUACCCCUGCUCCAAGAUUUAUGGCGAUGGCAACGCUGUUCCUCGUAUUCUCAAGUUUUUACGGACCAUUGACCUGGAUGAGCCCCUGCAGAAGACUUUCUGUUUCCCCAUCGUGAAGGACUCCAUCUCUCAGGACAUCGAUCACAUCCUGGAGACCCAGAGCGCUCUGGCUAUCGACCUCGGAGGGACCAACCUCCGGGUGGCCAUUGUCAGCAUGAGGGGUAAGAUAGUGAAGAAGUAUACUCAGCCAAAUCCAAAGAAGUUUGAGGACAGGAUGCAGCUCAUGUUGAAGAUGUGUACGGAUGCCACGCGAGACGCCGUCGGCCUGAACUGCAGAGUCCUCGGUGUCGGUGUCUCCACCGGGGGCCGCGUGAACCCCCAAGAAGGAGUGGUGGUUCACUCCACCAAGCUGAUCGAGGAGUGGUCCUCCGUGGACCUGAGGACACCCAUCGCCGACGUGCUGCAGCUGCCCGUCUGGGUGGACAACGACGGCAACUGCGCCGCUUUGGCCGAGAAGAAGUUUGGCCACGGAAAGGGGGUGGAGGACUUUGUCACUGUCAUCACAGGAACAGGCAUCGGAGGAGGGAUCAUCCAUCAAAACGAGCUGAUUCACGGCAGUACGUUCUGUGCUGCCGAGCUGGGCCACAUCAUGGUUUCAUUAGAAGGCCCCGAGUGCUCGUGUGGCAGCCGAGGAUGCAUCGAAGCCUACGCGUCCGGCAUGGCGCUGCAGAGAGAGGCCAAAAGGCUCUACGACGAGGACCUGCUGAAUGUGGACGGAAUGGAUAUGAAGCUCACGGAGCCAAUCACUGCGGCCCACCUCAUCAACGCAGCCAGACUGGGGAACUGCAGAGCUGACGCUGUUCUAAACAAAGCCUCCACAGCGCUAGGUGUGGGAAUUGUUAACAUGCUUCACAUAGUGAACCCCUCGCUGGUGAUUCUGUCUGGGAUCUUGGCGUCCUGCUACCAGGCGCCAGUGCAGCACAUCAUCUCCGAGCGAGCCCUCGACUGUGCCAAGAACAUCAAAGUGGUCGCAUCAGAGUUGGAGGAACCUGCUUUACUCGGCGCGGCAAGCAUGGUGUUAGACUAUGCAACCAGGAGGACGUAUUGAAGGACACCGCCCUGAUGUAAGAUGGGCCGCUAACGACAAAAGGACUUCAACAUCUAAAAGUAGUACUUAUACUGCCCUAAGCAUAUCCAUUUUGAAUGCUAGACAAUGCUCGCAAACCAUCAGGCCAGUGUAAAGCACAGGUUGAAUGUUUUUUUGAAACAUUUGUGCCCAGUUCCAAUCUGGUCAUCUCUAGUGUAAAGAGUGACCGAAUUCCAUUGUUAUCUACCCAACGUUUCUUUUGUUUUGUUCAGAAAAUAAGCCUUUCCACUUUUGUAUUCUAUGGCAUCUUCAAAGCAAAAGUACCCACAGAGUGUAGGACUAACCAACUCGGCUUUGAUGUGAUGGAGGUGGAUGGAAACUCGUAUCAGAUGUGACCAAAAUAUUUUAAUAAACAUUUUCCUGCAGCUUCCUCUCCAUUCACCCUAAUCUCACUUUCCCAUUUCUCUUGUAUGGAGUUUUCCUUGUCAAUCAAAUGUCAAGCUCUCAUGUUACAUUUCAAUGUUUGGUAAUGCAUUAAAUUAUUUUUUUGAGGGGGGGGGAAAUGUACCUUUUAAAAAUGGUUAAUGUAGGUGGUGAUAUUGAAGGCUUAGGGGGUAGAAUAUAGUGAUCAAUAAUUUGAUGAAAUACUAUAAUGAAAUAUUAAGGGAGCAUCUGAUUUAGCUCCUACAUUAUGGCCAGAGGUUGAAUCGUUAGCCUGUGUCAGGUGUUUCUUUUUUUCUACCAUUCAACCAUAUUCUAAUUUUCUUUUUUUUGUGCCUUGUAUUUCAUCUCAAAAUAAUUCACAUUGUUUGUAUUUUAUUACAUCCUGUAUUGUGCUUUACAUCAUGAUGGGACUUUAUUUUGGAUUGAAUAACGCUGGAAUUUUUGGUUAAUCUCUAAAUAAAUGUACUUUUGUAGUACAAAUUCUGCAAAAGCC